CUCGCACAUCAACAACUCAAGACGGCUGGCCCCCUCAAAGCUAACAAGACAUCCUUCGACCUGGUAGUCUUCAUUCUACCGGGCCAUGCAACAGAUUCUGGGCUCAGUGUCUUUGAGGUAACCCCUCAUCAGCAAUGCCCGUAUCGUUGCUUGGGCUCGCAAACGAGCUUCUCCUCUCGAUUGCCGACUCCCUUGAUUCCGAGCGCAGCAUUAACUCCAUUGCUCGCACGAAUCGCCGCCUCUACCUCCUUCUCAACGAUUAUCUAUACAAAUACAAUGUUAUAAAGGGUGAAAGUUCAGCCCUAUGGUGGGCCGCCAAGUGUGGGCAGAGCGGUUCUGCAGCCAAGUCAAUCGCUCAAGCUGGCAAUAUGAAUGUCCGGUGGAACGGCUUCCUGAAGAUGAGACAGUUCGAAUACCUUGCGUCUAUAGACGGCGAAGCGCGGGCCGUAGACCUGCUGAAACGAAAUCACUGCUCGUAUUGCACGCCUAUCUACCUCGCGAUUCUGAGUGGUCACGAAAGGGUCGCGAACUUGCUACUACAAAAUGGAGCAGAUAUUGAGUCAGGCCUUGGACCUUGGGCAAACCCUCUCCAGGCAGCUGCUCAAUGUGGCCAAUUGCUAGCGGUCCGGCAGUUAUCCGCGCGAGGGAGCGAUAUCGACAAGCCUGCACCGUACAAGGGCAGAACGGCACUUCAUAUCGCGUGUCUCGAGGGCAACGAUAUGAUUGUGCAACAUCUCAUUGAAGCGGGUGCCAAUAUAAUGGCCCGAGAUAAUAAGCUCGACACCCCUCUGCACUUGGCUUUGAAAGACCGUGGGGCAAGCCAGUUUUCUAGUGGGUGUCUCAGAACUGUGCAGUGGUUACUCAUCAGCGGGGCCGAUACGCAUGCUCGCAAUCGGAAGGGACGAACACCGAUUAGCAUGGCAAUGCAAAUCAAGGGUUCGGACAUCGGAUGUCUGUUUAAGAAGGGGUCUAGAAUUGCGGUCUACGAGGCCGGUUUCCAAGGCCGCCAGCCGGGGUGCAGUUCGCCGUCGCUGCAGCGGCUAUGGGCAGCUUACCUCGACAAGCAAACCGAAGUGGCCAUUGAGGCCGCGAGGGUAAAGAAGAUAGCAAUUGCUCGUGAAGAAUCUGCCAACCAAAGGCUGCAGCUGCAACAAGUCAGAGAAGCCAGACGUCGCUUUACUGAAAAUCAGAAGCAGGCAGAAGAGAAAGCAAGAGAAGAGAGGGAAGAGAGGGAAGAGAGAGCCAAAAUGCUUCGGGAACAGGAAAAAGACCAGCAAGAGAUGAAGGCUUCUCUCACACAGAAACAAGAUGCUCUUCGGAGAACUUGGCUUGAUUUGAGAGCGAAAGCCGAAUGCGUAAACCAACCAAAGGACUCGGUCGCAAAAGGCAGAUCAGUAAGUUGCAAGCACGUAGCACUGACCUGGCAGAGAAGGAAAGGUAAAGUGGAUUGUGCGUUUUGUUCCAGAGCAUUUGCAAAAUGUUUUUUCUUUCAGUGUCCGGACUGCGGAAUUAGUGCCUGCCAAUCCUGUACGAGAAGGAAGGAGUAAGUAAGGUCCUAGGAUAAUUUCUGUGCACGACAAAUUCUCCUGCUCAACGGUUUUCUUAUGUCAGUGGCUAAAGGGACUGGGCAUUGCUGGUUACCGCCGGAGCCGAACUUCUUUGGUUUCCUUGCGCUACGUCUUGUAUCUAGAGUAUAGGCUGGCGGUUCAGUUCAAAGUAAUGAGUGAGCCAUUCCCUUGCGGCUAGUGCAUCUUCCAAGUUAUAAUUCCCCUUCUUUCCACUUGCUUGAGUUUCCCUGCCUAGUCUCAC